GUUUUGUUCAGAGUAAAAUAGAAACUGUGUCUUGGAGACAUUUAUAAAUUCAGGAUAUUGUUUAAAAUAUAAACAGAUGUUUUUCCAGUUCCAUGAACCUGUUAGAAAUUGUAACUUGCUUAGUCAUCUACUUAGCUUACGCUACAUGGGAUUUGAUGUAAACAAAAGACUUUGCGUCUGAGAGAAGUACAGGUUCAUUGGCGGGUUCAUGUGUUUUAUUAACACACAAACGUAUUCUUAGAAAUAUUUUCAUGGAAGGUUUGACGAGCAAUUUUUUCCUGCUGACUCUGGACAUUUGGACAAUCCACAAAAAAACUAAGCAAUACAAGACCUGCCUUGGAAAAGUAUUCACAACUUUUUCUCAUUUUUUUCCCCCCACAUUUUCACUUUACAACAAAAAACUUAAGUGUGUCUUAUUGGGAAACUUGUGAGAAUCUUGCACAAACCAUUGCAUAAUUGUUAAGCUGAGUAUAACAGUUAGUUUUAAACUGUCUUUACAAAUAAAAAUAACAAAAGGGCUCAUCAUUCACCCAGCCACGCUUGCUCAGAUAACUCAAUAUCUAGUUUCUAAAAUAAUAUUCUGCCUACAGGACUCUGUUUAAAUUCAUCGUCUGCAAGUGGAAACCUACCAAGACAUGGCCUGACAUAGAAAUUAACAGCCAAGGAAAGGAGAGGGUUAAUCAGAGAAGCAGGCAAAAUAACUGUUAUGCAGGGACUCUAACAUGUCAUGAUGGGUGCUCUGGUCAGAUGAGACCGAAGUUGAACUUUGUUGUCUUGAAGCAAAUCACAAUGUGUGGUUGUACAUGAUUAUGUAACAUCUCCAUAAAAUAAGGUGGUGGCAGCAACAUGCAGUGGAGAUAUUUAUGGUCAGAUGCAGAAAACGUUUUUAAAAGCCUCAAAGGUUGUGCAGAUCUGUCAAAAGUGUUAAACUAGUUUCUCUAAGGCAUCUUUACAUUUCCAGAUUCUUCUGAAAUGUAAUUAAUUUACUGAGUUUAUAGGUCAUAUAACCACCAGAGGUCAUGUUCUUUGCACAAACGCAAAUGAUCUCCAGCAACUUAUGAUUAAACAGCUCAAACUAAAUACCCUCAAUAAGAAAUAUACUUUAACCUAACUAAGGCUGGCUACUGCUAUUUUUCUCUUCACAAAUAGAAAGAAAAUGCAAUGUGCCAAACAUAAAAUCCUAACCUGUUGAAAGUGUUCCAUAUUAUAUCAACCUGCUAAAAAGUAUUUAUAAAAAAAACAAAACACAGAAAUCCAAAAGUGAGGAUAGUUUGAACUGGUUUUCAUAAAGGAGGACUGUCAAGGCAGAAGGUGUAAAUAUUUACAAGUCACCUGCUCAUGAACAGGAUGAGCUUAUGAACUUUAGCAGUAAGCCGUGCUGCUCUCAUGUUUGUCACAAGGUUGGAAUCAAAGGUCAUAUUUUCCGUUCUUUGCCACAAACAUUCAAGAUGCUGAAAAUGGCACAAGUACUCCUCAUCUGCUGUCUUGUUGGGGCAACAAAUGCCCUUUACAAGCAGUGGAUUCCUGAUACCAAUUACGAGAAUAAGACCAACUGGGAUAAAGGAGAAGUUCCGUGCGGAAGUGACACAGUUCAGUUUUCAUCUCAAAGAAAAGUGUCUGUGUUUGUGGAAACCACUCAUGCCGUGCAGGAGAUGACGCUACCAAUGGAUGGUGAGAUCAUUCUGAAUUCGGGAGCUGGCUUUUAUGUAAUCAGCGGACAGGACCCUGAUUGCGGAGCAGGAGUGAUGACCAAGUUCAAAGACGCUGACUCGCUUCAAUGGUUUAAUCCUGCUCUGUGGCAGGCAGCUGCAACUCUGAAUGAUCUACAGGAUGGACAUUUCCUCUUCUCGGUGCAUGAGGAGAGCGUACCCUGUCAGCAGGAUGAUGUCAUGUUCAAACCCCUCUCCUCUUUCCGUGUGGACACCAGCUCCAGCCAGACCACCAUCCCCGUCAAAUCCGUAUCUGUGCUGGGAAAUGUAUUUGACAGCAAGUCCGAGUUCUCCGAGUAUCUUGGCUCACAAUCAGGCCUGCUGCAGUUUCACGGGUCAUCAUCGGUCACUGUUGGAAACCCAAGUUGUGGGGAUGCUACUGGCUGUGACUGUGGGAACUCUGUCAACCAUGAACGCAUCUGCAGCACAGUGACCUGUGGCACUCUGAGCUGUAAAAAGCCUUUGCUUCCCAUCGGACACUGCUGCGAGGUGUGUGGCGCAAUCAUCUUCAUCCAUUUUUCUGACAGCUUUAACCUGGAAAAUUAUAGGGGACGAAUCCGUCACCUUUUCCUUUCACUGCCAAAAUAUCAGUCCAUUCAGCUGGGCAUGUCUAAAAUCUUAAAGCCACAGAGGUUGAUGGGAAUUAUCCCAUUUGGAUCUUCACCUGAAAUUCAAGUAGUCAUUCUGGAUGGAGAGACUGGGAAACUAUCGGAAGUGCUGGCCCAGGACAUGACCAAGGAUAUUAAAUCUCAUGGCUCAAAUCUGGGCAUAACAGGAGCCGAAAUUCAGACUGCUAGUGAGCCUGGAAGCAGUGCAGGGACAGUAGUUGGGGCAGUGUUUGGAGUCUUACUCGUGGUUACACUUAUUGUGAUUGUGGUUGUGCUAAUCCGUAAGGGAAUUGUACAGAUGCCUCCGAUGCCUUCGAUGCCAUCUCUGAGCCGCUUCAGGAGAAACACUGACGUCGAUGAUCUCAACGCGGCCGCUGACCGUGGAUUUGAUAAUCCGAUAUUUGAUAAACCUGAUAUGCUGAAUAACAUUUCUGGUCUGUAUAGCACUGAUUCCAUCUCCAUGACUCAGGCAGGCGUGCACUUUAUAAAUCCAGCUUAUGAUGAGAACGAAAUAGAUUUUACAGUUUGAAGUUAACUUUUCACGCACUUUUGUGAUUAAAUGUCAACAUGCAUUUUAAAAAGAUAGAGGAUGAUUGUAAAUUUAUAACAGCUAAGUCUUAUCAAUGUGAUUGUAUAUUGAUGUGGGACAAUGAGAAGUUUAAUGACCAAAUAAACUUGCAGGGCAAA